AUGGAGUCGUUCGUGGACGUGCUCACCACAGUAUUCCAGGCGGUGCUCGCCGUCAAUGUCGUGUUUCUUGGGGGAUAUGCGUAUAAUGGCAGACAUCUGCCGGCGCUUAGCAAGAAUCUGUCAAACAUCAACAAAGGCUUGCUCCUGCCCCUCUUGCUCCUCACAGGACUAGCCGCGUCUUCCACUCUGACAUGGAAGACCCUCCUCCAGUCCUGGCCCCUGGCGAUCAUCGCCCUCACCACUCACAUAGCCUCAUUAGCCAUCUCUAUAGGUAUCCACAACUACUUCAAAACUCCAGAAUGGACUGUUGAGGCUUUGACAUUCAACAAUGUAUCGUCGUACCCACUGCUGGUGCUUUGGGCGUUAUACAAAGUUUCGCCGGAGGGGGGGCUGGGUCAUCUUCAUUGGAGGAUUAGGGAUACGAAUCUCCAUGUCUUGGAAAGGGCGUCUUUGUAUAUCUUGAUUAAUAUCUUGAUUACGAACGUGUUCAGGAACCUUCUGAAACCUGUCGUAUCCCGCUACACCUCCCCACCUCUCAUAGACGAACCAGCAGACCGAUACAUACCCCUCCCGGCCGGAGAAUCUACAGAGGAAGAAGAAGCUACCGAACGCACCUCUCUCCUCUCCCAUCCUUCCCCUUCCCCUUCCCCCUCCACCUCGCUGGAGACAGGCCCCAAAACAUCUUUCAAGCUCAUCCUCCGCUCGCCGAUCGUCCUCGCUGCGGUGGUGGGGUUGGCAGUGGGGCUUGUGAAGCCUUUGCAGCGGGGCAUCACUGGGGUCGGCGCGGGAGGAGCUGGGGAAGGGGAUGGGACGUGGUUGUGGCUUGGGAUCGGCAGCGGUCUCGUCGCUUUGGGCCAGUUCUAUCCCCUUUUUGAUGUUUUCACUUCUGGCGUAACCGUUCGAGCUGGGCAUCAAGUUUCGCAAGUCACCCCACCCCCUCACUCCCUUCGCGAAAUACAAAUGCUGACUUGGACCCGGGUGGACAGGUCGGAAGAAGAACCGGUCCCGCCGACGUUGGGUACGGUGCUCAUACUUUCGGCUUGGAGGUAUGCUGCGAUACCUGCUAUUACGCUGCCGAUCGUGAAAGGGUUGAGGCAUAUUCCUUCUACAAAAGUGUUUUUGCAGGAUCCUGCUUUCUCGUUCGUGUUGGCACUAACAGUCAUCACCCCGCCCCUCAUCCCCUCCCCCUCCCCCCUCACCCCAUUCAAAUCCUCCUCCCUCUUCCACACCUCCCUAACAUCCCUUCUCUCCUCCCUCCCCCUCACCCUCGCCCUCGCCAUCCCCGCCCACGGCAUCUCCUACGACCUCAACUUUGACCUCCUCUCCGCUCUCAAGUCUGCUGCGGGCGGGGGGGUCGCGGGCGCAGCGGCGAUGGUGGUGCAGGUGUUGACGUUGAUGCCGAUGAGGACUGUUAUGAAUUAUCAGUAUAGGUUUGGUGGGGGGAUCAAGCAUGCUACGAAGACGCUUUAUGAAGAUGGGGGGUUGAAGAGGUAUUAUGCGGGGCUGGCGGCUGCUUUAUUUCAAGGCCCCCUCUCCCGCUUCGGCGAUACAGCAGCCAACGCCGGAAUCCUCGCCCUCCUCUCCACCCUCCCCUGGCCCAUCCUCCUCAAAACCAUCGCCGCCUCCCUCGCCUCCGCCUGCUUCCGUAUGCUCCUAACGCCGAUUGAUACCAUCAAGACGACGCAGCAGACUCAAGGGGGGAAGGCAGGGUGGGGACUGGUAAGGGAGAGGGUGAGGGAGAGGGGGGUGGGGAGUUUGUGGUGGGGGGCUGGGGCUACUGCUGCUGCUACUUUUGUUGGGCAUUAUCCCUGGUUCGGCACCUACAACUACCUAUCCACCCACCUCCCCCUCCCCACCACCCUCCCCCAAAAACUCAUCCGUCAAGCCUUCAUAGGCUUCUCCGCUUCCCUCGUAUCCGACACCUCCUCCAACUCGCUCCGCGUCCUCAAGACAUAUCGCCAAACACACCCAGGGGAUGUGGGGUAUGUGCAAGCGGCGAGGGAGGUGGUGGCAGCUGAAGGGUUGUGGGGCUUAUUUGGGAGGGGAUUGGGGACGAGGUUGAUUACGAAUGGGUUGCAGGGGUUGUUGUUUAGUGUGCUUUGGAAGCUGUUUGCGGAUAUGUGA